CCUACUCUCACUCUCAAACUCACUCACGCUCACGCCUCUCAUUCUCAUCUCACUGCUCUCAAGUCUCAACUGUCAAAGACUCAAACUCCAUCAUAAAUCUUCAUCAAGUUUGAUUUACUGGGUAAAAUCGUUGAUUAAGAUUCUCUUAAUUAAGUUGAUUGUAGUACUUGAUCUGAAAAUAAUGGAAAAAUCUGCAAAUAGCAAAAAGCGUCCAGUGGAAGAUCUUGAAAUUCUUGAUGAUGUACAUGAUGACGAAGUAGAUGAAGGGGACAUACGAAAUCGUCGAUCAACUGUUUGGAAUGAGAUGAAGAGGAUUGAAUCAGAUGAUAAAAGCGAAACAAAAGCAAAAUGUAAUCACUGUAAGCAAGUUUUUACAGCAAAAUCUCGAAAUGGAACCUCUCAUUUCAAAAGACAUGUUGAAAAAUGUGUUGCUAAAAAUCAUAGGUCGUUAAAAAACUUCGUGAUAGGGACUGAAACCACUUCUCAAGGACAAUCCAUGUCCUUAAAAAAUCCUAAAAUAGAUCAUGAAGAACUAAGGAAAACUAUUUGUAUGUAUGUAGUUGCUGGUGCUCAUUCAUUUUCAACUGUGGAAGAGCUUGGCUUUAAAAACAUGCUUGCUGUUGCUUGUCCUAGCUAUAAAGUUUUGAGUAGACACACAAUUAGAAGGGAUGCAUUGAAACACUAUGAUGAGGAAAGAAAAAUUGUGGAGUUAGACAUGCAAAAUGCAUCAGGAAGGAUUUGUUUUAUUUCUGAUAAUUGAAGAAAUAAUCAUACACAAGAUGAAUACAUUUGUAUAAUUGCUCAUUGGAUUGAUAGGAAUUGGAAGUUGCAAAAAAGAAUCAUUAGAUUUGGAGCUUUAACACCUCCAUUUGAUAGUAUUACUAUAGCGGAGGAUGUUUGUCUUUGUUUCUCUAAAUGGAAAAUAGAUGGUAAAGUAGGUUCUUUUACAUUAAAUAAUGCGACCUACAAUAAUACAAUGGUGAGUCAAAUAAAGAGACAACUUGUGAGGAAUGGUAAAGGACUUUUGUUCUGUGGUGACUUUUUCCCAAUUCGUUGUUGUUGUCACAUCAUAAAUUUGAUUGUACAAGCCGGUCAUAGACUUAUUGAUGAUGUCGUGGAAAACAUUAGAUCAAUUGGCAAACAUUUUAGGCAUUCGGUACGUAAGAGAAAGAAGUUCUACCAGAUUGCUCAACAAACUUAUCAUUUAGAUGGUAAGAAAAGAAUCCGUGGUGUUUGUUGUGUUUGGUGGAACUCAACUUAAUUGAUGCUUGAUCGUGCUCUUUAUUAUAGGGCAGCCAUUGAUCAUGUGGUGGAAAAGGAUAUUGAAAUAAAAAUGUAUUUACUUGAUGAUGAUGAAUGGCACAAAGUGUUGGUGAUUCGUCUCUUUUUAAAGGUUUUUUACAAUAUCACUAAUGAAUUCUCUGCCUCUACAACACCAACUUCAAAUGUUUAUUUCAAGGGGGUUUGGGAUAUUCAAUGCAUGCUACUUGAAACUGAAAAUGGUCCUCAUUCAUUCAUGAUUAAUAUGGUAAAAGAAAUGCAAAAGAAAUUUGACAAGUACUGGUCGGAUAAUAAUAUGUUAUUGUCAUGUGCUUGUGUUGUGGACCCUCGUUAUAAGCUUAAAUUUGUUGAGUAUUGUUACACCGUUCUUUAUGGAGAAAUGAUAGCUAAGGAGAAAGUGGCGGAAGUAAGAGCCAUUUUUUGUGACUUGCUAAAGGAGUAUAGGGAUGUGGAUGGUGAGGAUAUUGGUCAAAGUGGCGAGGUUGGUGGGGAGACAAAUAUGCAUGUUCCUAUUGGUAGUGAUAGGAUGGCUAAUUAUAACAGUUAGAUGACUACAAAAGAACAAAGUGUGGUGGAAAAAUCACAACUUGAUCUUUAUUUGGAGGAAAAGAAUGUUGAUCAUAAGAGUCCUCUUGAUGUGUUAUGUUGGUGGAAAAAUAGUGGAGCACCUAGACAUCCACAACUUGCGGCAUUAGCUCGUGACAUCCUAGCUAUUCCUAUAUCAUUUGUUCCCGCCGAGUCGGCUUUUAGCAUGGGUAAGAAAUUGAUUAAUCCUUUGAGGGCUUCUCUAACAUCAAUGACGAUUGAAUCUCUUGCUUGUUAUGAAGAUUGGCUAUGUGCAAAGGGUUUAUGUUUGAGUUGGUCUACCAUUUUUAAUGCUGAAGAGCAGGAAGAAGAGGUAGAUCGUGAAGCUGACGAUUGUCAAUUCAUUAAUUAGUUACAUAUUUUGAUUAUUUUGUAUUUGUUUAUUUGAAUUAUUUGUAAUUUGUGUUUUAAAUUAUGUAUAAUAUGUAACAAUUGUAUUUGUGUAUUUCAAUUAUUUGUAAUUUGUGUUUUUAA